GUGAUGUGACUGACAAACCAUCGGUCUCGAAAAAGACACCGGUGGGAGUGAAAACGGCGCCGUGUUUUAACAGGAACAGCACCCGCCCGCUCGGGCUGCAACAACCACCUCCUCACUGGCGUGACUCCACAACCGGGCGUCACGCACAUUAUCCGGUUCAUUUACAUACAAAACGCCGCCCAGGGGGACGAACAUGAUAAUCUACCAUCGACUGAAAGCUAUCCGCGCGGAGGGGAGGAAAAAACAGCAGAAAAAAAGUUUGAACGGGAGAGCGCUGUUCUGAAGGAGGCGAAGUGUUUCGACACUACACGAAACAGGCGCUCGUCGGGCUCUUUGCCCCACUUUUUGGAUUUACGAUAUGGACGCUUUGAAAUCCGCUGGAAGGGCAAUUAUACGGAGCCCCAGUAUCGCCAAACAGUCGUGGACCGCGAGCAGACAUAAAAAGCUUCCAGAGAACUGGACGGACACGAGGGAGACCCUCCUGGAGGGCAUGGUGUUCCAGCUCAAGUACCUGGGGGUCACCAUGGUGGAGCAGCCCAAAGGAGAGGAGCUGUCUGCGGCUGCUGUCAAGAGGAUAGUGGCCACGGCUAAAGCCAGUGGGAAAAAACUCCAGAAAGUCACGUUAACGGUCUCCCCGCGAGGAAUCAUCCUUUACGACAGCGCCUCCAACCAGCUGAUAGAAAACAUCUCCAUAUACAGAAUAUCAUACUGCACGGCGGACAAGAUGCACGACAAAGUGUUUGCCUACAUCGUCCAGAGCCAGCACAAUGAGACUCUGGAGUGUCACGCCUUCCUCUGCACCAAGAGGAAAAUGGCCCAGGCGGUCACCCUAACAGUGGCCCAGGCUUUCAGAGUGGCGUUUGAAUUCUGGCAGGCUGCCAAGGAAGAGAAAGAGAAGCGAGUGAAGUCGGGUUCAGACGGAGAAGGAGCCAGCAACUCCCAGUCGGACAGCUCGGCCAGCCUGGGCAGCCUGAAGGCAGGAGAGGUCGCCACAGGGAAACUUCUGGACUUGGCAGAGGGAGCCAACGUGGCGCUGGUCCACUCAGGAACAAAGCAGACGGAAUCGGACCCCUUUAUGGUGCAUAAUCACGCAACAGAGAACAACAAUACUGUAUGGGAGUUGGAGGACGGUCUGGACGAGGCUUUCUCAAGCCGCAGUCUGGAUAGCUUUGAAUCCUACUCAGACUCGCUGAGUCUCGCACUAACCCCCAGGUCCUGGACAUUGGGGUAAACCCUCAGGACUUCAACACUGAAGAGUGCCUGUCCCCGGGCAAAUGGGACCAAGAGGACAUGGACUUCACCACACAGAAAGACACGUUCUAAAGGAACGUGAGGGAAAGGCGAAAUGGGGAGGAAGGGGGGAAAUGGUGGAAAAACAGACAUUGUUUGAGACAUCAGUACGGUUCCCCCACCUUCCUACCUGCUGUCGUACCUCUCGGUGGUCCGGUCCAGUGGCCCUCUGAUGCUUCUGCAUCUCCUCGACCAGAGAAGGACAACAAGAGCAGGCUGCUCGCAGAACAGGCCAAAGCAAUACAAACCAAUUAAUCUCUUUUCUAUGGAAAAAAAAACAAAAAAAAAACAUGCAGUCAUUUAAUGUUUGUUACAGUCAGUGUAUUACUUCCUUUUUUUG